CACCUCCCUGCCCGGAAGACGAGUCCCGUGAUGUCUCCCUCACUCCGCCUCGAAGCCAUAAAGUUCGGGUUCGUUCAUGGCUCUAUUCAUGAUGUAAAUAAGCCAGCACAUCGCCGAUCAUCGUCAGCACCACCACCAGCAUCAUCAUCAUCUCCGGAGACCGCGUGACAAUGGGCAGCACGCUGAUCCCACCCGGUCUGCUGCUGCUGCUGGUGCCACUGCUGAUGGUGCCACCGGUGCUCGCUCAGAGUGGUUCGGAGAACUCCUCCUCUUGCGACGGAGCGUGCACGGCAGAGAACAAUGGAACCUCCAACCAAAACAUGGCCAUCGGAUUUACAGCUGCAGCGAUAACAAGCGUCUUCUAUGGGAGCAACUUUGUUCCCGUUAAGAAGUUUGACACUGGUGAUGGAAUGUUCUUUCAGUGGGCGAUGUGCACCUCCAUCUGGCUGGUGGGACUGGUCUCAAAUUUCAUUCAGCACUGCCCAGAGUUUUGGCCACUCGCUAUGCUGGGUGGAUUCCUCUGGGCCACAGGCAACAUUGCCACAGUUCCAAUAAUAAAGACGAUCGGCCUUGGACUUGGAUUUCUCAUCUGGACUUCAUCCAACCUCAUCGUGGGCUGGGCCAGUUCAAGGUUUGGUUGGUUUGGCUUGGACCCAGAAAUUGUUCCAAAUACAACACUCAACUAUGUUGGGACAGGACUGUCCAUUAUAAGGUCAUUUAUAUUUUUGUUUGUGAAAACUGAAGUGAGCAACCAAAGUACAGAAGUGAGGGAAAACCAAAACAACAUUGUGAACUCCACCGAGGAAUUAGUAGACAUUGGAUAUGAAGAGUCUCCUUCUGAUGAAUCGUGGACGGACAAGCUGAGCCCAUUGAAUAAAAAAAUUGUCGGUUGUUCUCUCGCUCUUGUGGCCGGCGUUUUCUACGGUGCCAACUUUAUUCCUACCAUCCACAUCAAGAACCACGGCAAAGACAAGAGCUCCAUCUACUACGGAUCAAGCCAGUUUGACCUGGACUACGUCUUUGCCCACUUCUGCGGAAUAUAUCUGACGAGCAUAUUGUACUUCUACAUAUACUGCGCUGCGAUGAAAAACCGUCCAAAGGUCUAUCCGAAAGCUGUGCUACCAGCCGUGGCCUCUGGUGCAAUGUGGGGUAUUGCCACCUGCGGCUGGUUCCUUGCGAACACCCACCUGGGUGCAGCUGUCAGCUUUCCCAUCAUCACCUCCAUCCCCGGUAUUAUUGCUGCACUAUGGGGAAUUGUUGUCUUCAAGGAAAUAAAGGGCAUGAAGAACCUGGUGAUUGUAGGGGUGGCCUUGAUCGUGACGAUAGCUGGGGCUAUCACAACCGGCCUUUCGCUGCUUUAACCCAAACAUUUCCAAUAAACUCGUUAUGAUGCAUUUAAUGUGAUUACUGA